AUGAGUUUGAUUCCUGAAAUAGGACACCUUUAUCACGACUUCAGUAUCUCCAACGCCUACACUGCCCUCGACGCACGUGAACAGUUACGAACACGUCAGCUCAAUGCACGGGAGGAUAAACAUCUUGGAAAGUAUACGGAGGUUCUAGAUAAAGCUAAGGACAUAUGUAAACGAAGGCGAGAAUGGGAGGAAGACACUUUGCGGAGGCAGCUGAGAGUUCUUCAGAUGAAAACUCCCUCGUUAGACAGGGGUUUAAGACAAGAGACUGAGAGAUUACGGCGAUACGAGACGUCUAUGACGUCACGGAACAACACAGCUGGACGAGGAAUGCAGUCACGGAUGACAAGUGUUUCUGAGAAAGCAACUUUGUAUAGUCAUCAGUGGCCUUCACAUACCAUGAUGUCAUCACCUCAAUCGUCUUUGAGUCGACGUGGAGUCGAGUCUCGUAGGACCUUCACGAGAAGUACGGAUUCUAGUUCUGGUAGUAACACACGCUCUGAUCAGAAUACAGAAAGUCAGGUGAAUUUCAUGCGACGAGCAGAACGCGUAACGAAAGAACUUCACAAACUCUACCGGCGACAUGGAGAACGCAAAUCGUCAAAUCAACAUCUAACGGACCUUCUCAAAGAUAAUAACAGGGAAUUACUAAUGAAAGCUAGAAUAUUUUUUAAAGACGACGAGGCUACUGCCGUACUAGAAUCCAUUCUUUCUGGUGAUCAUUCUAAACGGAAAAACGGUGUUCAGUUUCGAAAGGAUAAUGGGCUUUAUCCUGAUAAUGAGUACACCGACAUGCUAACAACAGUCAACAAUGACACUACAACUGGCUUGGACAGGGAUUCAUCAAGAGAUCCGACUUUGAUGCCGUUGCUAAAUGAUGUCUCGGACACUGAGUCAGGACCAGCAUCAUCAACAAUCGCGAACGCUUCUGAUAACGAAUCUCUUAUCAAUCGUGGUCGUACUAAAUGGACCGAAAUAUUCAAAACACCAGAACUCUGGAAAAUGUACACAGAUAGAAAUACAAGCAAAAAGAAACAGGACGCAGUAUCGUCACUUGUUACAAUAACCGCAAGAUACAGAAGAACGAUGGUCAGGUGA